AUGCCGACCUCACCGUCCCCUCGCUAUUCACCCGCUCCGCCCUCUCCUCGCUCCAAGCCAGUCGCUCCCUCCAUCCUCCCCGACCGCAGCGCCAAACCGCCCGCAACAACCAGCUCAUUCGUUCCAGCAUGGCGCCGCCCGACCCUCCAACCUGCCGGUGGCGAUGGUCGCCGCCCCAGCGUCCAGUUCAUUCCUCAGGUCAAGACUGACGCCGCCUCGCCAACGACGUCCCGCUCCUCCAGCGCACAACCGCCCGCAACCCGCACCGCCCGGCCCUCCAUCGCAGCCGGCUCAGGGCGGCGCAUGUCUUCGCCUCCACCACCAGCACAGUUCCGGCCCAGUGUGAGCUUCGAUACGUUCAGCAAUCCUUCCGCCAGCGAUUUUAGUCUGACGCUGAACCGGAAACAUCGGGAUUACGAGUAUACGCGGCGCAGUCGGACGUUUCUGUGCGGGACGGAUACGAAUGAGUACUCGGAUACUGCACUGGAAUGGCUGAUUGACGAGCUGGUGGAUGAUGGGGAUGAAGUGGUCUGUCUACGUGUCGUGGAGAAGGACAGCAGAGAAGCGGUGAAGUGGGCUGGUGGACAGGGCGAGAAGGGCUAUCGUAAGGAGGCAGAGCGGUUCUUGGAGGCGAUCGAGAAGAAGAAUACCGAUGAUCGCGCCAUCAGUCUCGUGCUGGAGUUCAGCAUAGGUAAGGUGCACGACACCAUCCAGCAGAUGAUCCGGAUCUAUGAGCCAGUGAUGCUGGUGGUUGGCACACGUGGACGAAGUCUUACAGGCUAUCAAGGCCUGCUGAGCUCGGGCAGCGUGAGCAAGUACUGCCUCCAGUACUCUCCCGUCCCAGUAAUCGUGGUCCGACCAAGCUCGAAGCGCGAAGCGAAGAAGAAGAAGCGCCUCCAAGACCCCAGCCGAACCGGCUACAGAGACAUCCUAGACAAAUCCGACGACGCCCCUCGAGGCCGCGGCUGGCACCUUCUCGACGCCCAGAACCGCAUGUCCAUCGUGGGGUCGGACCUCGGAGCACUAGGAAGCUUCGGCCCAGGCGACCAGGACGUCGAAGCGCGCAAAGUCGCCGAAGCAGUCGGAUACCGCGCCGGCAGCAGCGGCACUCCCCGCCCAAGCUCAGCCAUGGGCCGUGAAGGAGGCCGCAACAGCUCCCUCUCCCGCAUCACGUCCACAUCCACGGAAGGCGGCGACGCGGAUGUCUCCUCCCCACCAGCGCAACUUCUCAAGUCACCACACUUCGCUCCCAGCCCGCCGUCCAGCGACGACGAGCUCGACGACGACGACGAGCUAGAAACAUUGGAGGCGAGUACCGUGCGUCGCCCUGAGGAUGAGGCCGCGUUGUUGGCGUACGAGCGCGCGCAGAAGAUCUUCGAGGAGGAGCUGGAGGAGGAGGAGAUCCAAACUAGAUCUUUCCGAGCAGCACUUCGAAGAAUGGUCACUUCAAACGACAUCAGACCCUCAGAGGGCGAAGACGCCAACCUCCUUACGGAGCAGACGACGGCCUUGGUCGAUCGCGGCCGCUGGACACUCUGCAACAACGGCGCCGGCCUCGAACGAGAAUUCAAAUUCAAGACCUUCAAAGCGACAUGGGUUUGUCUCCUCCCUCUCUCCUCCUCCCCUUCCAUCCUCCGCCUCAAUGUUGAUGUCUAA